UGUUGAUCAACUUUUGUGUCUCCAUCUUCUGUUAAAGUGAGUUGUUUAGAUUCGAGUGCCAUCUACACCCUUUUCUUGUUAUUCUUUCAUUUGUUUACUUAUUCAGUUUCCUAUUUGUUUGAUUGUUUACUGUUGAUUAAUUGUUGAAACUCCAUUAAAAUGGCUGUGCCUUCAAGUGAAGCUGAAUUCGGUGAUGAGGAUUUACUUACAGUUCGGGAAAUUGAUCUGAGAAAUGUGAAAAGAGAAGAGGCCUUAGUGCGAUGUGUCAAUUCAUCGUCUAAAAGUAUUAUAGGAAUUGAGUUUCCAAUCACUGAUGAAGCGGUUGAUGGGCUAUUCAAAUUAAAAGAAGAAUCAAUCGGAUUUGUUGAAUUAUCUAUCGAUUUGAGCAAAGAGAUGAUCCAACUUGAAUCUACUCAGUCUAUUAGUGAAUUCGAUGUGAAAACUCUGGGAUCACGAAUGCCAACCAAGAAUCCGAGGUACAUCAUUUUUAUUUAUCCUCAUCAACAUGGUAACGUUUUCCUGAAAAGUGUCAUCUUUGUCUAUUGGGUUCCAGCGAGUGGCUGUCCAGUGAAAGAGAAGAUGCUUUACUCAACAUGUAAACUUCCCUUAUUAGCUGCAUUGCAGGAUAAGAAUAAGUUUGGAAUCGAGAUCGCCAAGAGAUUGGAAAUCGACGAUAUUGAUGAACUAAGUGAAAACAAUCUACUCGAUGAACUCCACCCCAUAACUAAUCCCGGUGCCUCUAAUCCAACAGGAACAAUGUUUGCCAAGCCUCAAGGACCAGCAGGGAAAAGAGGAGCUAAACGAUUAAUCAGAUCAGGAAAUGAUUCAUAACCGAUAAUCAGUUUUCCUUUCAUAGUCAUUUCUGUUUUAAUUACCCUAUUUAAACCUUUUACCUUAUCUAAAAAUCUCAGUUUUCAAAAUCAUAACUUUUACAGAUUAUAUAUUAAUUUAAUUCACUAAUAAUUUUGAAUUGAUAAUGAAAACAUAAAAUGGUGAAAAAAUUGUCACGAUUUUACUGUUACAAUUUCAAUCAAAGAAAUAACAUUAUCAAUUUUAACAUAAA